GGGCACCGCCUUGCGACACCUAGCAGGCAACGUUUCACAGUCACCGUCACCUGAGAAAAAAAAUUCCUUUUGGGUUUUUAUCACUCUAUUAUAGUACGUGCCCUAUCUGGACGACGAUUUCAUGGAAAAUCCAUGAAAUCAGCGGUCACCUCACCUGUUCGCCUGAGAGGCCGCCGAAUCCAUCGUUGUCCACGUUUCACUCCAAACGGCUGUUCAAUAUCGGUGCUUGUCGCGCUAUUUUUUUGCCCUUUCAAUAUUUUCUUCUUAAACCCCACUUUUCUUCAAACGGAGAACAGUGGAAGAAUCACACUUCUAAGAUUUCACAGAGGGAAACCAGAGAGAGUGAGGUUUGUUGGGUUUCUAGUCAUGGGAGCUCUUGCUCCUGUCUCUCCUUGGAUACCAGAGGAUGAUCUUUUGUUGAAGAAUGCUGUGGAGGCUGGUGCUUCCUUGGAAUCAUUGGCUAAAGGUGCAGUACAGUUUUCUCGAAAAUUCACCAUUCGAGAAAUACAAGAGCGGUGGCAUUCUCUCCUUUAUGAUCCAAUUGUUUCUGCAAAGGCUGCUUUUCACAUGAUUGAGUUUGAGCGUUCUGCAUCAACUCUUCCACCAAAAUUCAGUAGGGCUGGGAAUACAAAAGAAAACAAAUGUAUUUCUAGGAAAAGGAAGGCUGGAAGUGUUCGUAGUUGUUACUAUGCAUUACGUAAAAGAAUUCGCAAUGAGCCAUAUAACAGCAUGGAUUUGAGUUUUCUCAUUGCACCCACUGAUAGCAAUUACAUGGGACAUGAAGAUGAACCUUUCUCCAGGCAUUGUAUACUUGGAGAUCCAGGUUCAAAUCAUUUUGGACUUCAGGAAUCUAAUUUGGAUGUCAUGCAUCAUCCUUUUCCACAAAUUGCAGAUGAUGCUACUGCCCGUGGUUUUCAUGCACCAUUCCAGAACACAAUCCAGGAAGAUUAUCCAGUGGAGCAAGAUAAUGUACAUAAAGAGAUUCCACAUAUACGUGGAGAAAAUGUGCCCCACACUGGAAAUGGAUCUGUGAUUGAGGAAUUUGGUGGACCAAAAGAAUUGGCAGCGAACAGUGACCAGGUGCAGGAAUGCUCUAAGUUUGGUGGAGACCAAACAUUUAGUUCUCCAAUUCCAGAGUGUGCUAUGUCAUUUCAUAACUUGGAUUACUCAUCUCCUCUUCCUGAGAUGCCAAUAUGGAGGACUGUUGAGGGAGUUUCACCACCAAGUAUUCCAGUUAAUAUGCACACAGGAGACCCAUUUUCACUUCCUGGUGACAACGAUACGAAGAAUGCAUGUCUGUCAGAAUAUGGCUCCAACUUAAAACUGGAGAUACCAAGUGAGGAAAUGAAAAAUGUAGCUGCCAACACGGAAGGUUAUCUGGCUGAACUUUCCAAUUCCCUUUUGAAUUUCACAAAUGAGGAAGAACUUCUAUUCACAGAUGUUGAUGGAAAAGAUGCGAUUGACAAGUCUUACUAUGAUGGUCUAAGUUCACUUUUGCUGAGUUCACCAAAUGAUGCCAAUCAAGAUCACAUGGCAAAUAUAACUGAACCAGAAUCUUCUGUAGCUCCAGAAUAUCAUAUAAAUAAGUCUGGUGGAAUUCAGGGAGAAUUGAAUGAAGAUAGGGGGUCUCACCAAAGUGGUGAUACUGUUGGAGAUUCAGAUGUGCAGUUUCACACAUCUGCAUCAAGUUCAAACCCUCAUUUUUCUGAACUGGGUGAUGGAGUUAUUAUCUGCACAUUAAACAUUGAGGAUCCAGAGAUCCCAUGCAAUGAUGAUGUUGUCUUCAUCAAUCACUCACGUCCGAAAUCAUUUUCUUUUAUGGAACGACAGAAUUUUCAUGAUGUUUGUAAACCAAAUCCUUCAGCCGUUAAGGAAUUCUCAAGCAAUCCAAAAAAUAGUGAAGGAGAUCCAGUACUGAUUCAGAGAGAUCUAGAAAAUCCUGAUCAAUCUCAUGCAUCUUCUCAGAUGAUAAGAUCACGGGUAGUGCCAGAAAUCAGCUCUCUUCAUCCAGUUGGUGAUUGUAGGGUUAAGUUUGACUUGCCUAGUAGUAGCUCUAUUCACAAGAAUGUGAGCAUUGCUUAUUCAGCAAAUGCUAGUGCAGAAACUCUUGUACCUGCUAAACUGAAGGAAGAAGCUCCUGAAGUUGUUCCGGUGAAGCACUUUAGUCAUAACACUGCUGAUUCUUCAAUGGAAAAGCCAGCUGUUGCUCCUGAUGGUUAUAUGUGUUAUUCCCAGACAAACGCAAGUGAUAUCAAACAGGAGCUAGAUGCCCCAACAAGAAUUCAAACUCAUCAGGCAUCACAUGCUAAAUUGGGGUUUACAGAUAUUACGCCCCUGGAACAUGGAGCAAACCAUCCAUUAUCAGAUCUAGAAGAACCACCUAUAGAAAGUGAUGAUGAUGUGCCAUAUUUUUCAGAUAUUGAAGCAAUGAUACUUGAUAUGGAUUUGGAUCCGGAAGACCAGGAUUUAUAUUCCAGCGAGGAAGUCUCAAGAUAUCAGCAUGAGGACAUGAAGAGGGUGAUUAUGAGGCUGGAGCAGGGUGCUCAGUCUUGUAUGCAAAGAGCCAUUGCAUCUCAAGGAGCAUUUGCUGUUUUAUAUGGCCGCCAUUCAAAGCAUUAUAUUAAGAAACCUGAGGUUUUGCUUGGUAGAGCAACAGAAGAUGUAAUUGUUGACAUUGAGUUGGGGAGGGAAGGGGGAGCAAAUAAGAUAUCUCGUCGGCAGGCAACUAUAAAUUUGGACAAAGGUGGAUCUUUCCAUCUGAAAAAUCUUGGCAAAUGUUCUAUCUCAGUAAAUGACAAGGAAAUAGCCCCUGGACAGAGUCUAAACCUUGCUUCCAGUUGUUUGAUUGAGGUUUGUAGAUAAGGGGUAUGCCAUUCAUAUUUGAGACAAAUCAAACUUGUGUGAAGCAGUAUCUGGAUAGUGUAAACCAGAAGAACCAAACCCAGGAGCACCAACUUUGACGUGUGGCAGAAAUUUCAUGAACUGGAAUGCCAUCAGAAGGUGCUCAUUUUUUUUUACUGCACUUUCUGGGUCUUUUUUGCAAACUAUGUUUAACCUGUUGUAUGUAUGAGUAUGACUAGUGCUGUUUGAAAAAAGUGCCGGCGCUUUCUCACGUGAAAGCGUUUUCCAUAUGUAGCAGGACUCUUUUUACCUUCCAACAUUGCGCAAAUAGGCAUAUUAUUUGAAACAAUUGCCUUAUCA